CCGCGUCAGGGAGCGGACGCCGCGCUGAGCUUGUGGCAGAAGGGAGGCUACAGAAGCUACAAAUAUACUUCUAAAAGAAACAAAAAUGUCAGAUGAUAUCAAGAAAAGGUUUGAUUUUCCAAAUUCUCUUAUUCAGUCACAGGCUGUUGGUCAUCUUAUUGCUACAGUCCUAAAAGAAAAUGGCCUUUCAGGAAAGAUUCACCAAUCUACAAACCAGACUCCUGCUUUGAACUUACUGUGGGAGAAAUGUUGCAGUGACAAUGUGGUAGUUCGAACAGCCUGCUGUGAGGGUCUAGUGGCACUUGUUGCUCAAGAUCAUGCAGAGUUCAGCUAUGUGCUCAAUGGAAUACUCAAUCUGAUUCCUUCAACCAGGAAUACACAUGGCUUGGUAAAUGCUCUUAUGAAAUUACUACGAAUGCAAGCUCUAAAGGAAGAUCAAAGUGGGAAGAAGACUAUUCAGGGCAUAUAUACUAUUAGAAAUCAUCCUCAGCCUUUGAUCACUGUCCUGGAACACAGACCUGAUUGCUGGCCAGUACUUUUGCAGCAGCUGACAGCCUUUUUCCGGCAGUGCUCUGAAAGGUCAGAAGCUUCAUGUAUCCAAAUAAUGGCACCGUUUCUUUGGUAUCUGUACUGUGAACCAUUCCAACUACAAGAACAUGCAAAUCUUCGACCUGCCCUGCUUAAAGAGUUACUUCAGCCCAGGGUUCCUUGUGACAAAGCACAGCCAUCAGUAUUGGAACAACAGAUACUUCAGCUGUGUUGCGACAUGAUUCCUUGUUUACAGAUGAAAGAUCUGUUACAGACCACAGAAGUGAUGCUGUUUAUCGAGGAAGUGUAUUUAAACCUUUUGCGUCAUCCUGUAUUUUGGAAAAUUCAGCUUACCCAGCUGACUCUUCAGCUGUUAUGUGUCUGUGAAGUCAGCUUAAAGAUAACUGGAGAAUGCUCAUCUUUAAUUCAGCUUUUAGAGCACAGCAUUGGAGUUCUGAAGGAGGAUUUUCCUGUGGAGUUGGUCAUAAUUGGAAUAGCCUUACUUCUUCUACAGACUCCAGCCAGUCAGCAGAAACCAAUCUUAAAUCUAGCUUUGAAGCUCCUCUCUUGUGCUGAGGGUCAGAAAAUCCCCAAGUCAUCCUUGCUGCUCGUGAUGCCUCUUCUGCAGAUAUUAUCUUCUACUGCCUUGGAAGACUGUAUGGUCAUGGAGGAAGAAGGGCCUUCUAGGCAGCAGUUGGCCCUAAAUCUUUUGGAAAUUGUGCAACAGGAGUGUUACAGAGAUGACCACCAGCAGCUUUCCUACAGGCUUGCCUUUCCUAUUACCAGCGUAUAUAACUCAAUAUACACUGCCUGGAGGAUUCUUGAAGUAAUGAGAGAAGUGUCUGCAGCAAGGGAUUGGCUGGCUUCUGUGGAGUCUCUGCUCCCCAUCACUACGGCUGUCCCUGUGCAUGUUUUCCUUCUGCUGGCUCACCUCCUGGUUGAAGAUCAAGGACAGAAUCUUCACCAAAUACUAAAACUCACCACACAACUAGCCCAAACAGAUUCUUCUCAGGUACCAAAUCUGAUUCCAGUUUUAAUGUUCAAAUUAGGAAGACCUCUGGAACCUGUGUUAUACAGUGAGAUAUUGUAUACAUUACCUACACUUGGUGUUCACAAGGUAUGCACAGGACAAAUUCUGCGAGUAAUCCAACUGCUUGGAACCACCCCAAAAUUGAGAGCUGUCACUUUGCGCCUGCUGACAUCUUUGUGGGAAAAGCAGGAUCGUGUGUACCCUGAACUGCAGCGUUUCAUGGCUGUGUCUGACAUGCCUUCCCUCUCUGUGGGCAAGGAGCUCCAGUGGGAGAAACUGAUUGCCAAAGCGGCAUCAAUCAGAGACAUAUGCAAGCAAAGGCCGUAUCAGCAUGGUGCAGACAUGUUGGCUGCUAUUUCUCAGGUGCUUAAUGAAUGUACCAAGCCUGACCAAGCUACUCCAGCAGCCUUGGUAUUACAAGGUCUUCAUGCACUCUGCCAAGCAGAGGUUGUUUGCAUCCGCUCUACUUGGAACGCUCUCUCUCCAAAGUUGAGUUGUGACACCAGACCUCUCAUUCUGAAGACCUUGAGUGAACUGUUCUCUCUGGUUCCUUCUUUAACAGUCAAUACAUCUGAGUAUGAGAAUUUCAAAGUUCAAGUCCUCAGCUUCCUCUGGACUCACACUCAGAGCAAGGACCCAGUUAUAGCCAAUGCUGCCUACAAAUCUCUGUCCCACUUUAGUGCAGGAGAGCACACCAUUCUUCACCUUCCUGAAAAGGUCCGACCAGAAAUCCCUGCUCCUGAAGAGUUAGAUGAGGAUGAAGAUGAGGAAGAUGUAGAUCUUUCAGUUCCUGGCCCUUGCUAUCUCAAACUCUUGUCACUCACGGAUCCUUUGGUUUUGCCAGCUUUAGAAGAAUUUUUUACAUCACUUGUGAAGCAAGAAAUGGUAAAUAUGCCCCGUGGAAUAUAUUACUCUGCAUUAAAAGGAGGCAUCCGCUCAGACCAAGGGAAGACUGUAGCAGGAAUCCCCAAUUUUAUAUUGAAGAUGUAUGAAACAAACAAACAGCCAGGAUUAAAACCUGGCCUUGCAGGUGGUAUUUUAUUUUGCUAUGAUGUUGCCAUGUACCAGAGCAAAGAUGGCAAACCAUUAAAUCGACUAAUGGCCAGUAGAGGGCGAAGCUUCAAGCAGAUGGCACUUGCCCUGGUACAUGAGGUCCACAUCCAGCUUUCAGAGUGGCACCGUGCACUUUUUCUUCCACAGGCCUGGCUUGCAUAUAUGAACCGAGCUUACCAUGCCAUUUUACAAGGAAGAAUAGGAGAGCUGGAGCUGCAGUUAAAACAUGGGAAAGAAGGACCUGAGGAGGUGCAGUACAAAAGAAGCACAGCCUGGCUGUGGGUCAGAGACAUGUUGACUGAUGAGAUUACCAAGACUGCUGCAAAGGAGAGUCCUGUAGUCAAAGGCAAUGCGUUAUUGGCUUUAAGCAGCCUUGCUGUUAUUGUAUCCAAACAUGAAACCAGCCUCUCCUCAGAUUCCGAUGGAUUCCUGGAGGUUCACCCUAAUUUUCUUCCAAUGAGGGAAUGGGUUUCCAUGGUCCUUGAUACUCUCCUGGUCAUUGUGGAUGGCCAUUACCAACCCAAAGGACAACUCUUCUCCUGCUUUUAUCAUAAAUCGUAUUCUGGUGAAAACACAGCUAGUGCCAUUGCCCGUUCUGCUGCUGCCACGGCUUUGUCUCUCCUUGUGCCAGUUUUCAUUAUCUCUUGCAAAGAGAAGGUUGAGGAAAUCCUGAAUAUGCUGACUGCCAGGUUACCUGGGAAACCAAGUGCUGAUGAAUCUCAAGCCGUGCAAAUCCACAUGGGCCUUGCUUUGGGGAUGUUUCUCUCUCGUUUGUGUGAAGAGAAACUCAGUGAUAUAUCUGGCCAACAGAUGAACCUUCUCCUGAUGAAAUCGUUGGAUGCACUGGAAAGCUGCUGCUUUGAUACUACUCUUGAAUAUAACACUGGCUGUAUAUUGGGAGUUGGACUUGUGCUGUCCCUCAUGAGCCACAGCAGCCAAAUGGAGUCACGUGUUCAUGUGGCAGCAUCGCUUCGGAAGUUGUCCACUUACCUUGAUGACAGCGGGAGCCAGAGUAGGACGUUUCAGGAGGUCCUUGCCUAUACCCUUAGCUGUGUGUGUACAUCAGCAUUCAGUGCUGGCAUUAUUGAAGCUGCGGAGGCUGAAGAUAUUAUGAGCAAGCUUCAACUGUUAGUAGAGCACAACCAGCAGACUUCAGGUUUUGCCCUGGCACUAGGAAACAUUGUUCAUGGUUUAUCUGUGAGUGGACAUGGAAAAGCUGAAGUCUUGGGUAGUAAACUUCUCCCCAGAUGGAUCAGAAUUGUUCUAGCAGAGGGCACUUCCACAAUGCUGUGUCUGGCAGCUCUUCAUGGCCUGGUGGCCUUGGUGGGCUCUGAAGGAGAUGCCAUGCAGUUGAAGUCAGAAGCUAUCCAGUCUUCUCAUUUUCAAGGCAGACUUAAUGAAGUCAUCAGAACUCUAACUCAGGUCAUCAGUGUCUCUGGAGUGAUUGGUCUUCAGUCAAAUGCAAUCUGGCUUCUAGGACAUCUUCAUCUAUCUACUGUAUCCUCUAAUCAAAGCAGAACUUCUGUUCCAACCGACUAUAGCUAUUUGCCUGAAAGCAGUUUUAUUAGAGCAGCAAUUGGCUUCUUCAUUACAGCAGGAAAAAAAGGUCCUGAGGCUGUGCCUCCUUCUCUUCUCAAAGUAGUGAUGAAACCCAUAGCAACUGUUGGAGAAAACUACCAGUUUCCUCCUGCAAAUUGGGCUGCACUUCUCUCUCCACUUAUGAGGCUAAACUUUGGAGAAGAGAUACAGAAACUGUGCCUUGAAAUUAUGGUGACUCAAGCACAAUCAUCACAGAAUGCAGCUGCUCUGCUGGGCCUGUGGCUGAUACCACCACUUAUCCACAGUCUGAGUCUGAAUAUCAAGCAAUACCUCCUAGUAUCAGUACCUUUGUGGAUAAAACACAUCUCUGAUGAACAGAUCCAGGGCUUUGUGGAAAACUUAAUGGUAACAGCCUUCAAUUCAGCUUCCCCACUUUGCAAUCCUGAGUUAUGCCCAAGUGCCUUACAGGGUCUGAGCCAGGCCAUGAAACUGCCCAGCCCAACCCACCACCUCUGGAGUCUGCUCUCUGAAGCAACUGGGAAAAUUUUUGUCCUUCUGCCAAAUAAGAUUCUGAGAAAAGAUCUAGAGCUGUAUAUCAGUGUAGCAAAGUGCCUCUCAGAAAUGACGGAUGAUGAUGCCAAUCGGAUUGUCCAGAUCACUACGAACAAUGUGGAAAAAGCUGCCUUCGUCAAGCUGUACUUAGUCUCUCAAGGAAGAUUCCCCUUGAUGAGUCUAACUGAUAUGCUCAGUGUCACUGUGCAGCACCGCGACAGAGAAAUACUUGCCUGGAUGAUUCUGCACAGCUUAUACCAUGCACGGAUUGUGAGCCAUGCCAACACAGGAGUGUUGAAGAGAAUGGAGUGGCUCUUGGAACUGAUGGGUUAUAUUAGAAAUAUUGCUUACCAGUCAACAUCUGUUCAGAACGUGGCUCUUAAUGAGGCUUUAGACUUCUUGUUGGCAAUAUUUGCAGCGGCGGUAGUGGCUUGGGCAGACCAUGAUGCUCCACUCCUCCUUGGUCUCAGUGCCAGUUGGUUGCCAUGGCAUCAGGAGAAUGGCCCAGCUGGGCCAGGAUCAAGCUUCCUUGGCAGGAGUCCAAUGCACAGGGUCACUCUGCAGGAGUCUCUGACUCUCCUUCCCAGUAGCAUGCUGCUUCUGCUGCAGAAAGAGCCAUGGAAGGAACAGACCCAGAAGUUCAUUGACUGGCUAUUCAGCAUCAUGGAAAGUCCGAAAGAAGCCCUCUCAGCAAAGUGUAGAGAUCUUUUAAAAGCUACCCUGCUGUCCUUAAGAGUUCUCCCAGAGUUUAAGAAGAAAGCCGUGUGGUCCAGAGCAUAUGGAUGGUGAACAGUUUUACAGUAGUCAACAGAAUUUUCAGUUGAUGCAGCAAACCAAAGAAAUAGACAUUUUUCAGAAUUUAUGUCUGAGACUGGUGAGACAUUGAUCCUUACAGCUAAGGGUCAUGAAAAGGUGGCCAAAUUACUAACAGCUUGACCCAUGCAUGGCCAGGAGAAGAUGAAUUCCUUUGGUACCCAGGCCACAUGAGUCUGAAAUGGAAUAUUCCUGAUUUGGCCAGAAUUCAAUAGAAAGGUGUUCUUUGUGAAAAGUUCUCUCCCUAAACUCUAGUAAAAUUUUAUUGUAAAGUU